AGCCAUUGAAUAGACUGGAUUUCACCGAGCAUCGCCGCCGACCCUCGAAAACCCCCUUUGAGACCCCCUUUUGUAGCCGCUGCCUGCGACCUGGAUUCCUCCCAGGCCUGAAUUGCGUCUGCUUCCGAGAAAGGUCUCGUCUUGAUCAAAUGGCAGCUGCACCACAAGAGGCUGCCCAAAACCACCAGGUGAAUUUUGAAGAAUAUGAUAUCAUUACAGAAGAAGACAUUGAAGAGAUUAAGGAUGCUCUCGAAGGAGGGAGAAUGGCAGAGGCAGCCUCCAAGAUUAUGGAAAACCUACAGGCCUUAGAGAAUGCCCGCCUGGAUAUUGCAGUAACUGGAGAGAGUGGCUCUGGCAAGUCCUCCUUUAUCAAUGCCAUUCGGGGUUUAGGGGAUGAAGAAGAAGGAUCGGCCCCGACUGGAGUGGUGGAGACCACCAGGGAGCCUACUCCAUAUCCACAUCCAAAGCAUCCCAAUGUCACCAUGUGGGAUCUACCAGGAAUUGGUACUCCAGAUUUCCAGUCCAGCACUUACCUGGAACAGGUCAACUUCUCCCGCUAUGACUUCUUUUUUCUCAUUGCUUCAGAGCGCUUCAAGGCCAACCAUGCCAUGUUGGCCAAUGAAAUCAAGAAACAGGGCAAGCAUUUCUAUUUUGUCCGCUCUAAAGUGGAUGCUGACCUAGAAGCCAGCAAAAAGCGCCGACCACGGUCCUACAAUGAAGAAAUGGUCCUGACAAAGAUCCGAGAGAAUUGCCAAGAUUGUCUCAAGAAAGAAGGUGUUGAUGAUCCUCAUGUUUUUCUUCUGUCCAGCUGGGAGUUAAGCAAGUAUGAUUUCAUGUUGUUGGAGAAAACCUUAGAAAGGGAGCUACCAAACCACAAGAGACAUGCCUUCCUUCUUGCCCUUCCCAAUAUCUCUUUAGAAAUCUUACAGAAGAAAAAGGAAACACUUCAGAAACAGAUCUGGAAGUUAGCCACCAUCUCAUGUGGAGUUGCUGCAGUACCCAUCCCCGGUCUUUCUGUAACCUGUGAUGUUGCUCUUUUGAUUAAAUCUCUGUCAACGUACCGUAAGAACUUUGGCUUGGACGAGGAGUCUCUCAUCAAAUUGGCUGAGAAGGUUGACAAGCCUGUGGAGGAGAUCAAAGAGGCCAUCAAGUCACCACUGACUAAAGAGAUCUCCAAGGACUUAGUGGUAAAGAUGCUGACCAAGGCUGGUGGUGGGGCACUAAUGUUCAUGGAGUAUUUAGCUAGUACGGUGCCGAUAUUUGGCUCCAUGGCGGCCGGGGGAAUCUCCUUUGGGACCACCUACUACAUGCUUUGGAGCUUCCUCAAUGAGGUAGCAGGAGAUGCCCAAAAUGUUCUUAUCAAGGCCUUUGAAUCUGAUGUUUGAAAUAAUUUGUAGUAUCUUGCAUAGCAUAUUUUGAGAUACCAUGUCUAAUUGAGCUUCAUCUCAUGCAAGCUCAAACUAAGCUCACCAUCUUGAAAGAAAAAGUUAAAAGCACACAAAACCAAAGGAAAAAAUUUAAAGGGCGCAAAAUCAGUUAACACGGACAGUUUUAUAACAUGGUAAUUUGGGGGCGGAAACAGUGCUCUUUUCUGUAUUUUGCCAAACUCCACUGUUGGAACACUGGGAACUGUCUUUCAGAAUUUUGCUAAGUCUCGCCUGUCGCUCAUAAAAUUGCAGUUCCAAGCAAACCAAGUGUAUUAUAACAGGGUAAAUUUGGUAUAAAUUUGCCUGGAGAAGUGGAUUUUAGUUGAAGGCCUUCUUAGAGUAGCCUGUUGCAUUUUCAUAAAUUGUUUGGGAGGAUUUUAAAUACAUACCUAGUGUUUAUUGCCUUAAUGAAUUAUAAUUAAAGCUAAAAAUGUUUAUCAGUCAA